GCUCAGCUUGGUAGUCCCGGACCCUGACAGGAGCUGGGGCUGCGGUCCGCACAGCGGGCAAGGCGGGCGGCGCCGCAGGAGGCAAUGGGGACGGGCGCUCUGUCCCGUGGCCCGUCCGGUGUCUCCGCUCCGUAGGGAACGGCGGUGGAGAAGCUCGACUCACCACAGACCACCACCCCCCGUGGGAACCUACCGGCGGUGGUCUCCCCCGCCGUCGUGCCUUGCGGACUCCCAGGGUGUGGAAGAGGAGUGCAGCCAGAGAGGAGCUCAGAGCAUGGGGACAGCGGCUGCCGGCGGCGGCUGCGGAGCGCGCCGUUGGCUCCCGUGGCUAGGACUCUGUUUCUGGGCGGCGGGGGCUGCGGCUGCCCGAGGAGCCGACAACAGUGAAGUUCUUCCCGAUUCCAUCCCAUCUGCCCCAGGAACACUGCCGCAUUUCAUAGAGGAGCCUGAGGAUGCCUACAUCAUCAAGAGCUACCCUAUUGCGCUCCGAUGCAAAGCAAGGCCAGCCAUGCAGAUAUUCUUCAAGUGCAAUGGCGAGUGGGUCCAUCAGAAUGAGCAUGUGUCAGAGGAAAGUCUGGAUGAGAGCUCAGGCUUGAAGGUCCGGGAAGUGUUCAUCAAUGUCACCAGGCAGCAGGUGGAGGACUUCCACGGGCCAGAGGACUAUUGGUGCCAAUGUGUGGCAUGGAGCCACCUGGGAACAUCCAAGAGCAGGAAAGCUUCUGUACGCAUAGCCUAUCUGCGGAAAAACUUUGAACAAGAUCCACAAGGCAGGGAGGUGCCUAUUGAAGGCAUGAUCGUGUUGCAUUGCCGCCCGCCAGAGGGAGUCCCUGCAGCAGAGGUGGAAUGGCUGAAAAACGAGGAGCCCAUUGACUCUGAACAGGAUGAGAACAUUGACACCAGGGCUGACCAUAACCUGAUCAUCAGGCAGGCCCGACUCUCAGAUUCAGGGAAUUAUACCUGUAUGGCAGCCAACAUCGUCGCCAAGAGGAGGAGCCUGUCAGCAACUGUGGUAGUUUACGUGAAUGGAGGCUGGUCUUCCUGGACAGAGUGGUCAGCCUGCAAUGUUCGCUGUGGUAGAGGAUGGCAGAAACGUUCCCGGACCUGCACCAACCCCGCUCCUCUCAAUGGUGGGGCCUUUUGUGAGGGAAUGUCAGUGCAGAAAAUAACGUGCACUGCUCUUUGUCCUGUGGAUGGCAGCUGGGAAGUGUGGAGCGAGUGGUCAGUCUGCAGCCCAGAGUGUGAGCAUCUCCGUAUCCGUGAGUGCACAGCUCCACCCCCAAGAAAUGGGGGCAAGUUCUGUGAAGGCCUCAGCCAGGAAUCUGAAAACUGCACAGAUGGUCUCUGCAUUCUAGAUAAAAAACCUCUUCAUGAAAUAAAACCCCAAAGAUGGAGUAGGCGAGGCAUUGAAAAUGCCAGCGACAUUGCCUUGUACUCGGGCUUGGGCGCAGCUGUCGUGGCCGUGGCAGUCCUGGUCAUUGGUGUCACCCUCUACAGACGGAGUCACAGUGACUACGGCGUGGAUGUCAUUGACUCUUCUGCAUUGACAGGUGGCUUCCAGACCUUCAACUUCAAAACAGUUCGUCAAGGAAACUCUCUACUCCUGAAUCCGGCUAUGCAGCCAGACCUGACAGUGAGCCGGACAUACAGUGGGCCCAUCUGUCUACAGGAUCCGCUGGACAAGGAGCUCAUGACGGAGUCCUCGCUCUUCAACCCUCUCUCUGACAUCAAGGUUAAAGUCCAGAGCUCAUUCAUGGUUUCCCUAGGAGUGUCGGAGAGGGCCGAGUACCAUGGCAAGAAUCACUCCGGGACUUUUCCCCACGGAAACAACCGCGGCUUUAGUACAAUACAUCCCAGAAACAAAACACCGUACAUCCAAAAUCUGUCGUCACUGCCCACAAGGACGGAGCUGAGAACAACUGGUGUCUUUGGCCAUUUAGGGGGGCGCUUAGUGAUGCCAAAUACAGGGGUGAGUCUACUCAUACCUCAUGGUGCCAUCCCAGAGGAAAAUUCUUGGGAGAUUUAUAUGUCAAUCAACCAAGGUGAACCAAGCCUGCAGUCAGAUGGAUCUGAGGUACUCCUGAGUCCUGAGGUCACCUGUGGGCCUCCGGAUAUGCUCGUCACAACUCCCUUUGCGCUGACCAUCCCGCACUGUGCAGACGUCAGUUCAGAGCACUGGAACAUCCACUUGAAGAAGAGGACACAGCAGGGGAAGUGGGAGGAAGUGAUGUCAGUGGAGGAUGAAUCGACAUCCUGCUACUGCCUUUUGGAUCCUUUUGCCUGCCAUGUGCUACUUGAUAGCUUUGGAACAUACGCCCUCACAGGAGAGCCAAUCACAGACUGUGCCGUAAAGCAGCUCAAGGUGGCAGUGUUUGGCUGCAUGUCCUGUAACUCCUUGGAUUACAACCUGAGAGUUUACUGUGUGGACAAUACUCCUUGUGCAUUUCAGGAAGUGGUUUCCGAUGAAAGGCACCAAGGCGGCCAGCUCCUGGAAGAACCCAAACUGCUGCACUUCAAAGGGAAUACCUUCAGUCUGCAGAUCUCCGUCCUUGACAUCCCUCCUUUCCUCUGGAGGAUCAAGCCGUUCACUGCAUGCCAGGAGGUCCCCUUCUCCCGAGUGUGGAGCAGCAACCGGCAGCCCUUGCACUGUGCCUUCUCCCUAGAGCGCUACACGCCCACCACCACCCAGCUGUCUUGCAAAAUCUGCAUCCGGCAGCUCAAAGGCCAUGAACAGAUCCUCCAAGUGCAGACAUCCAUUCUAGAGAGUGAACGAGAAACCAUCACUUUCUUCGCACAAGAGGACAGUACCUUCCCUGCACAGACCGGCCCGAAAGCCUUCAAAAUUCCCUAUUCCAUCCGACAGAGGAUCUGUGCUACGUUUGAUACCCCCAAUGCCAAAGGCAAGGACUGGCAGAUGUUAGCACAGAAAAACAGCAUCAAUAGGAAUUUGUCGUAUUUUGCUACACAAAGUAGCCCCUCUGCUGUCAUUUUGAACCUCUGGGAAGCUCGUCACCAGCAGGAUGGGGAUCUUGACUCACUCGCCUGUGCCCUUGAAGAGAUUGGGAGGACACAUUCGAAACUGUCAAACAUCACAGAGUCCCAGCUCGAGGAAGCUGACUUCAACUACAGCAGGCAAAAUGGACUCUAAUCUGUUUCCUCUCUUGAGGCAGCACUAGUGAUGGCCAGCUUCAGAGCAAGUGGCUUCAACUGGGGAAGAAGAGGCAGAUUUCUACCCAGUGGCGUUUGGGGCAUUAAUGCAGCCUUUAUUGAGAGUCAGUGAAAAAAAAAAUCCCUGGUUGAAGAAAAUGAAUUUGAUAAUAGGUAAAACGUGUUAAUAACGGGGGGACAUAAAAGAGAGAAUACUCCUCUGGGUCUACACACGGGUAAACCUCCUCAGAUUUGGACUGCCGAGGGGAGAGGUGAAGGUAACUGUAGAUCAGAGUAGUUAUGAAAAGUAGAAACAGUACAAUAAAGCUGGAAGGCAGAGAGUAAGUGCAUGCUUGGAAACGGGUUUGGAAUGACUUGUCCCCCAGGACCACCUGAUUCUGAAACCUGAUUUGUAGUUGCCAACCAACUAGCACCUAGGAUGUUGGAAAUCACGGGGAGACUAGCUUUCAGAAGCAAAUCCAGUUGGCCAACCUAUUAGUAUGAUGUCACCAGUGUUGGGGGAGAGCAUUUAGAAUUUAGAAUCUGAGUACAUCACACCAGCACUUAUUAUAUGAGUCACUUGAUUGAGACAAGAUCGAAAAGCGAGAUAGACCUCAAACUAGUUCUUGGUACCUCACCUUCAUCCUCCCUGCCCCGAAAUAAAACUCAUUUCUUUUCCCAUCCUAACAGAUUGCAGUACAGAGAUAGUAAAGAACAUGAUUAUACACUUCAACUCAACAGAGCAGGACUACCCAAACUACCCAAAUCUCAGUGUGCUGUUAGAACACCGUUCACUCCAUGGAAUAGAGACAGAGACGCUAGUCCAGGUCCAGGAAAAUAAAUAGACUGCAGAUGUCACAGACUUUGAGUAAGCUCUGAUUCUAGAAGAUGGGUAGAGCCCGUCUACUCCCAUUCUAGGAGAUUGGACAGCCCAUGUUGUCCAAUAUUUUUUUUCCUAUAAUAAAUGUGUUUUACUGUGCUUUUCCAUCCAGAUUCUGGAACUCUUCUAACCUUUAUACUAGGCCAUCACAGUAUGUCUCGAUGGAACUUUAAGACAUGACAUCCUGCUGUCACCUUUUGGAAACCUACCUGAUAGCCUUUCUGUAUAUAGGAUCUGAGUGAAUGCACCCAAGGAACAGAAUACUCUAUGACAUCGUCCUAAGAACCACAUGCAUCAUUCAGAGAGGCUUUGUGCUUUGACUGCCUGGCCUUCCUGUGUAUGCAUUCUCCUUAGCACUGGUCACUCAUGGAUCU